CAGCUGGUCUGGUCUGGUCUCUGAAAGACUGGAUCCACUUCCUAGAGCUCAGGUUGUCCAAAGGUUUCCUCCAGAUGUUGGUGGAUCAACGAAGAGAAGGUGAAGUGACGGCGUGUUGUCAGUGUGGAUCUGUUCAGAUGUGAGUCGGAUGGAUCUCAACCAUUUGUGAUUUUCAGCAGGAACUGGUCCUAGAAACCUGAGGUUCUAGACUAACAAGUCUCUGAGGAUCAGGGUCAGGACCAUGGGACCGCCCAUGGUCCAUGGAACUCCUUCGGUUCCUAAGAUGGGGGUUCGGGUUCGGAUGUGCGACCAGUCUCGUAGGAGGGACAUCCAGGACACUCAGCCCAAACAGGUACACGAGAGUCUGACUCCAAGCUUCCUGAACAAUGAGAGUCUAGACCUUCAACCUGGAUCAGAGACCAGAUCACCGCUCUGUGACCUCUGGACUUCUUCCUCCAGGAGAGGUUUGGGGAGGAUGAAGAGGAGCAACAGUGAGCAGAUGAUGAGCAUGUCUGGGGGGGAAGAUAUGGAUUCUGGUCCUGUAAACCCGAAUACAGGAUCCUGUCUGAGAAGGGAGUACAGCAGCACCUGGACUCUGAACCAGCAGACUUCCACGGAGACCAGGACCACCAGUCUGCAGGCUGCUGCCCAGAUCGCUCAAGGAGACGUCAGCUUCAUCCCAGGACGCGACAGCUUGGGUGAAUCAGACAAAAAGUUAAUUCAGAACAUGGAGGCGGAGGAGACGCAGCGACAUGACGGCAGGUCCAUGUUGACUUCCAGCAAAUGUUUCUCUCAUUAUGACGUUCAGAGCAUCCUCUUCAACAUCAGAGACUGCUCCUCCUCCACCCGAGAAGAACCUGACAUCUGGUUUAAUCUUAGUGAAGACAGACUCUGUUCCUUCUACUGUGAUGAUGAGACCGAGGGGGGGGCAGAGAGGAUGCCGGGUCAGACCUGCAGUAACGCUCUGUUCAGCUCCGGCUGCACCAACGCUGCUGUGACGGUUCCAGAGUUCUGCAGAGGAACCCAAAAUUACAUGAAGAACUAUGACAUCGAGCACAUUGACCUCGGAGCAAAAUACUACCUGCAAUUUUUCUACAAUCGAGAUCACCAGAAUUAUUUUGGCAUCGAUAGGAACUUUGGUCCGGUGUCUCUGAGCAUCCGGCGAGAGAAACUGGAGGACGGUCAGGACAGGACACAGUACAAUUACAGAAUAAUACUAAGGACCACUCAGCUGUUCACCCUGAGAGGGUCCAUCCUGGAGGACUCGGUCCCAUCUUCGUCCAAACACAGGACUUCUCGAGGUCUUCCUCUCAGGGACGUCUUGGAGUUUGUGGUUCCUGAUCUCGACAUCCAGUGUCUACGACUGGCCACUGAUUCACCCAGAGUCUCUGAAAUGUUGCUGCAACUCGACCAGCAGGAGGUGAACUUCCAGCGCAAAGUGGAUGUAUUGUUUCACCGUCCUGGUCGGACCGCCGAUGAGGAGCUCGGCAGUCCUGCUCUGGACCAGUUUCUGGACCUUCUGGGCAACAAGUUCCCACACGGCCACUCAACAGGAAGUCACUCAGUGUCCACGACGUUCAGGGAAUUUGAGCUGAUGUUCCGAGUAUCAACACUGCAGCCAAACAAUAGUCAUCAGGUCCGUCACAUCCAGAACAACAACAACCACGUCACGGUGAUCUUCCAGGAGCCCGAUUGUCCACCUUUCAUCCCCCAAAACACCUGCUCACAUUUACAGAAUGUCUUCAUAGUUGUCAGAGUGCACGAACCCUGCAGCCAGCACACCCGGUACAGCGUUUCGGUGUCCAGGCUCAGAGACGUGCCGCCCUUCGGUCCAACGAUCCCAUCGGGUUUGAAGUCCCCCCCCUCUCCUGUCUUCAGAGACUUUCUGCUGACGAAGAUCAUUAACGCUGAACACGCCGUACGGAGGUCCAAUACAUUUGUUGCCAUGGCGACGCGCAGGAGACAGGAGCACCUGAGGGAGAUGGUGGAGAACUUCGCCACGUCGACCCCGGUGGACUCGUCCUCCUCCUCCUCCUCCCCCAGGUUCAGUUUCCUCCCCCUGGGCAGGAAGAAGAAGAAGAAGAAGAAGGAGGUCUGCAGCCCGCUGAGGCCUCGCUCUCACCUGCUGAGCACCGGCGCUCUCACCUGGACGGUGACGGCUCCAGGCCUCGGACGCUCCGCCUCCGCCUGCUGCCGACUCGUCAUCUCCCGUGAGCUGGUGGCUCUCAUUGAGGAGGCCAGCCGACGGGUGGUGUUCAGCUGCUGCUGCAGAGAUGUGAUCGGAUGGAGCAACGUACCGGGAGGCGUCAAGCUCUUCUACCUGGACGGACGCUACCUGGUGUUUUUUACCCUGGAGGGAAACUGGGAGGACGGAGGAGAGAUCACUCAGAGGCUGCAGCUGGUGACUCGUGGCAGUCCAGCCCUGAACAUGUCUCUGAGGAGGAACCGUCUGGGUCAGCUGGGCUUCCUCGUCAGCGUUGAGGCCGUGGUGGGGGACGUCGAGGCCCUGGGUCCUGCCUGGCUGGCUGGUCUCCGUCCAGGCUGCCGUCUGAUGGAGAUCUGUGCUGUUGCCACGGUAACGCUGUCCCACAAACAAAGACUGGAGCUCCUGAGGACGUCGGAGACCGUCGACCUGCUCGUCCUCCCCCCGCACGGAGAUGGGACGCCACGCAGGAGUUUCUCAGAAACUAGUCGCGUCUCAGCGUUUGAGUCUAAAUUCUCCGACAUCAUGACUCCACCCCCCUGGCAGCAGGCGUCUAAAGCCCCGCCCCCAUGCAGUCCUCCGUCCAAUCAGAAUGAGACGCUUGAACGUAAACAGAGGCUGAGUUCCUCCUCUGACCAGCAGAACGGAUCCAGAGCUCCCUCUGAUUGGUCGGACGUCUCUGAUGAGUCUCCCAAAGAAAGCACGUGGACGACCAGCUAUGACGACGUCUCUCAUCAUCCUCACCCUGUGAUGAAAGAGUUCCAGCAGAGACGUUGGCAGUUGACUGAGAAAAGCAGAGAGGACAGACGCUACGUUUCCAUGGACACAGAUGGGGUUUCCAUCGACACAGGUACAGACUCCAGCAUCCCAUCAGCCCCGUCCACCGUUGCUGCGGCGACGCUGGUCCUGCGAGACAUUUGGAGGGAAACACCGACCUCGGGAAUCACCGUGGCAACGGCAGCUGGUCAUGUGACGAACCUGAGCGCUUCAGAUUUAAGGCUCAGCUGCUGUGAGAAGUCCGUCAGCGCCUUUACUCCGUCUCCAUGGAGACCCCUGCCCCGCACAUUGUCACUUGACAAUCUGUGCCGGACUUUGUCCCUGUCCAGCUCGGACCAGCUGCUGACCAGGGCCGGGAGAGACUCGUCGAAGCUCCAGAGGAAAGGUGAGCUCCACUACUCUGACAGCUCAUUGGCUGAAGGGUCCACCCUGGCUGAACGUGGGCCUUUGCCCCUCCUGGAGGCGCCGUCACAUCUGGACUGGGCUCAGCCGAUGGACGCUGCCCCGGUCUUUGAAGAGGACGACCCUCGCCACCACACUCAGGACGGGACUCCAGCUCUGCAGGACAGGGACGUCCCAGACGCCUCCCUCUCAGGGAAAGUCCUAAAGUUGGAGGAGAUUCUUCAUCGGCUGCAGCUCAACCUGAUGAAGGAGCAGCAGGACAAAGCAGCGCUGCAGGAGCAGGUCCUGAGUCUCCAUCAAGUCAACCGGCGUCUGGAGGAGGCGAGACAGAGCGCCGCAGGGCAGACGAGGAGGCUGCACAGAGGGACGGCCGCUGCCAUGGCAACACGCAAGUCUUCAAUCUGACCAAUCAGUGAACGCGUUGGUGGUGGGUGGGCCUGUCACCUACUACCCAGAAUUCUUUGUGUUAUGUGGCUUUCCGACGUUUACCAACAUGCACAGAUUAUUCAGUUGUAUCAGAGAAACCAUCUUAAAUUAUUAAUAAUCGUCAUGUUUAUUUAUUAUUAUAACUAUAUUAUAAUAG